AGAGGGAAGCUGAGAGCAGAAGACGGGGAGCUUAGUUGAAAUGCGCAGCGCAUUCUUGCGUGGAGGGCGAAGCGGCAUCGCUCCAAAUAAUCACAGAUCUGAUUCUGCUUUUUAACAUCUGUGCUGGAGAAACAGACUAAAAAAUAGUGCUGCAUUGUUACUCGGCCUGCAACAAAUAUUUAUAUAUUUUUUUUUAUUUCCCUCCGUAAGUUGUGUCGCCCUGAAGCACCGAGGAAUCCUUCUCAGUCUCAGCCCGGAGAGGGUGGAUUCGUCACCAGCGCGCAGGAGUUGCACUGGGAAGAUGUGGAGAAAAUGAUCCCGAGGUGAACUGGCAUCCCGCUGUGUGGCGUCUGUGCAGCUGCAGAAACUCUUGGAAACAACCGAAGAACAAAAUGUUUGCUGUUAAAAUCAACUUUCUAACCCUCGCCCUUCUUCUAAUUUUGCCUUCGGGUUCGAGGCAACAGGUCCCCUCUAACUGCGUCAUCAAGAGGGAGCAGGAGAAAUGUAUGGAGAUGAUGGCUCUGGAAGAUUCAGACUCAGAAUUUGACUGUCCGUGGUUCUGGGACAAUCUUACAUGUUGGCAGCCGGCCAAGGUCGGAGAGGUGAUCCAGAUGAACUGUCCAGAACUCUUCUCUCAGUUCAUGAGUGAGGAAGACUACGAAUUGGGGAAGGUGAGUCGUAACUGCACAGAGUUUGGCUGGUCAGAGCUCUUUCCUCAUUAUAUCGAAGCCUGCCUGUAUGAGGAAGGAAACAGCAGCCACCCUGAUAUGUAUUAUGUGUCAGUGAAGGCUCUGUACACAGUGGGCUACAGCACCUCUCUGGUGUCCCUCACCACAGCUAUGGUCAUCCUGUGCAGAUUCAGGAAGCUCCACUGCACCAGGAACUUCAUCCACAUGAACCUUUUCGUGUCGUUUAUCCUGAGAGCAAUUUCUGUCUUCAUCAAAGACAGUGUGCUUUAUGCAGAGGAAGACAGUGACCACUGCUUCAUACAUACUCUGGAGUGUCGAGCUGUGAUGAUAUUCUUCCACUACUGCGUCCUCUCCAACUACUUCUGGCUCUUCAUCGAGGGUCUGUACCUCUUCACUUUACUGGUGGAGACUUUCUUCCCUGAGAAGAGAUACUUCUACUGGUACAUUGUCAUCGGCUGGGGAACGCCAACAGUGUGUGUGACCAUCUGGGCGGUCCUGAGGCUGCACUAUGAUGACAUAGGGUGUUGGGACAUGAAUGACAACGCUGCCAUCUGGUGGGUGAUAAAGGGACCUGUUCUGGCUUCAAUUAUGAUAAAUUUUGUACUCUUCAUUGGUAUCAUCGUCAUCCUCGUUCAGAAGCUGCAGUCCCCAGACAUCGGUGGGAAUGAGUCCAGUAUUUACCUGAGACUGGCCCGUUCUACUCUGCUGCUGAUCCCACUGUUUGGGAUCCACUACACUGUGUUCGCUUUCUCCCCGGAAAACGUCAGCAAGAGGGAACGUCUUGUCUUUGAGCUCGGUCUGGGAUCCUUUCAGGGAUUUGUGGUGGCUGUUCUCUACUGCUUCCUGAAUGGAGAGUAUAUCCCUCAAGGUGCAAUCGGAGAUCAAGAGGAAAUGGCGCAGCUGGACGGUGAACAGGUACUUUGCUGUGGACCUGAAGCACCGGCAUCCUUCGCUGGCGAGCAGUGGGGUGAACGGGGGGACGCAGCUGUCCAUCCUCAGCAAGAGCAGCUCGCAGAUCCGAAUGUCCAGCCUGCAGGCCGAGACCCCGGCCACCUGAGUGGCCCCUGUGGGGAUGUCUCUGCUGGACCUGCCGCCGCCGCCGACCCCAACCCACCCACCAUCGUCCCAAUGACCAACCUCACCGACCCGUUCUUCAACACAGACCCUGAUGAAUCCACCAUGGAGACACAGCUGAACUCCAGCGACCCCAAACAGCCUCUUGUGUGAACCUGAAUGUGCCAAAUAAGGACUCACUGCACUCUGCUGUUUCCUGGCUGAAACCUUAAGAAGUAUCGUCAUCUGUCUCUACGUGUUGUGAUAGUUUUAAAAGUUGUCUGGUGCUGCUGAGCAACGUGACGGGACCAGUCCGUUAAUUAGGGACGUCCUCAAACUGUUGAUUCCAGUCCGUCCAAAUGUUCCUCAGCAUUCCUGUUUAGCUCGUAGCUGCAAAAUGACACUAAUCACAGAGCUGUAAAUACAUUAGAAGACUUUUCAUUUUACAUUGGGUUUUAUUUACUCUGAAAAAAAACUUGCGUGACAGCUUCAGUGGCUUUGCAGGAGCUGUUGUUGUGACUGUCAGCAUAUCUUGUACAUUUUGAAUCGAAUUAAUCCUGUCGCAAAGAUGACUGAAACGUUAGUGGAGAGUAAAAACAAUAAUCUGUGUUGCAUCAAGCGAAAUGUAACUGUGGCUUAAAGAGCUUACUCCAAAUUCCACGCCGACAUUCAGGAUAAAUCUGCCUGUCUUGCACCGAUUUCCAACACUGGUGUCUAUAAAGCUGCGAGACUAAGUUCAUGUAGUGACCUUUUAAAGGACAAAGAACCAGAGAGUACCUGCUGGUGUUUGUGUCUGGUUUUACCUACAACAUAAUUAUUUAGACAAACAUCUGCAGGCAAUAUGAUAUAAAGUGACUAUAAAUGAUUUAUUAAUAUUAUUCCUUACUGUCAAGCUGUGACUGCUCUAUAGCGAACAUUUGUGAUGAAUCCAAGCAGACAGAAGAAUGUCAGGAAGAAAAAUAGCCGGUGGUUUUCGGAAAGGAAUGUUUUCUACCGUUAUGUGAAAAGCCAAAACAGACGCAGGGUUUUGAUUCUGAUUUUAAUGUUUGAGACACGCUGAGGUUUGUUUAAUACGACCACAAACACCUCUUUUCAAAACUUCAGCGCUGCUCAGAGGACAGCCACCAGUACAAAAAAUGUCAAUGACAACAUUGUGAGUUCAUACACUUGCAUGAAGUUGAAGUAACUGUUGUUAUGCAGUUGUUUUUGUCUUUCUCUCUCUCUCUCUUUUCUGAGAAGUCAGUGCUUUAACUGGAUGCAAGGUUUAUUUUAGUGUUGAAUGGGCUGCUGUGGAGACAGAGCAUUGUAAUAUUAAUUAUUCUGUCACAUCUACUGUCUCUUUAGCAGAGAUAAUGUAAAGGUCUUCAAUGAAAGGUCUACAUCCUCAGAAACCUCAAUCACUUUCCAGUUUCUGUUUUUGAGGUAUUUGGUGUCUUGUUGCUUGAGAACCCAAGAGGAAGGAUUAUAUAAAGUAUGGUUUUAAAAAAAAGUACACCCUGUUUUAACUGUUUACAUAUCACAAUGAUAAAAUGAUCAGGCUUUUACCAGGUUGUAAAAUAAUUUAGAUCUACCUUCAAGUGUCAGAAAAGCAUAACCAAGUCCACACAGUCAAUACUUAGGAAAUGAAGAUGAAGCAAAAAUGAAGAUGUGUAUGAAAACCUAAAUACAUCACAUACUGUAAAUCGGCUACUUGUGGGACAGAUUUUAGUAGCAGAAGCUCUCAACAGUCAUUUUCUUGUUCGACUGGAUCAGCCUUUCACACAGUUCAGAUUUUUUUGCCACUCUUCUUUCCAACCAUUUUUAAAUCCAUCAACA